AUGGAAGACUUCAUACAAAGCAUUAAACAAAAAUUCUCCAUGGAGAAUAUUAUUGAAACUAUAAGAGACGAACUAGAUGAUACCAAAAAGCCAAAAAUUGAGGAAACAAAAGUGGACGACAAACAACACUCUACAAAAGAGCCUGAUGCACUACUGAACAUUAAACAAUCCGUAGAGAACUUCAUGGAGAAAGAACCCAGGAUACCAGUGGAACCGAAGAGUGAGGAGCUGAAGAAGCCAUCAAACAUACAAAAGAAGCAGCCUUCAAAUGUCGGGAUGAACAUAUUGCAGAAACCAAACCCACCGGAAGAGGUCAACGACCCGUACCGCGAUAACGAAAAUCUUUUCAGCUUUUGCGAUUAA